AUGGCGACGCUGGUGGACUCGCUGGUCGCACGGCGGGACACGCAGGGGGUCCUCUUCCCUCCGCUGAACUUUGCCAUGGUCGUUCCAGGCGUGUACCGCUCCGGACACCCAAACAAGGGCAACUUUCCCUUCCUCGACACGCUGACCCUCAAGAGCAUCAUGUACCUCUCGACCGACAACUAUCGCCAUGACACGUAUACGUGGGCGCGGCGGAAGGGCCUGAAGAUUGUGCAUCUGCGGCUGGACAUCAGCAAGGAUCCGGCGGUCGAGGUGGAUCCCGAAAUGAUCAAGAAAGCUAUCGAGGUUGUUCUUGACUCGCGGAACUUGCCAAUCCUCAUCCACGACAACAAAGGCAGAAUCGUGCCCUCCAUCAUCUCCGCCAUCUUGCGCCUCAUGUGCGACUGGAGUCUCGACGCCGCGCUAGCCGAGUACCGCAAGUUCUUCCCCUCGACCGAAGACUGGGUGCAUGACGAUCCUGCCGAGAUCGAGAGGGGCGCAAAGAAGAAGAAGGACAAGGAAAGGAUAGCGGAUCUGCGGCUCAUUGAACGGUUCGACCUUCGCUCGAUCGAGUACGACCCUGACUACGCACCAAGCUGGCUUGAGCGAUGA